CAAAGUAUACUUACAGUCAGGUUCGCAGAGCAAAGCAAUUCAAGCGACCGGGGGUUAAAUCGUGGAAAACAAUAAAACUAAACGAUCGCCUAUGAAGAAACAAAUCAACCAACAGACGGACAGACAUACAGUCAUAGAGACAAUAGCACCGUAGACAAGCGGGCGGCGGUCGAAUGCGUUCAGUGAAACAGAACACUUUUUCCGAGUUACAUACGUCGAGGACGACGAAGUUUUGAAUUCAAAAUUUCAAUUUAAAUGCGAAGCGUUGAUGAAGCGGUUAAGACGUCCUACGGAAUUAUUGCGGGUGUACAAUUACGCGCGUUCAAAUAAUUGUGCUAAAUUGAAAGCCGCAGUGAACUAGAAAAGUGUAUCCUUUGUGUGGCGCUUUUCGAACUAAAUGUCUGUAAGUCAAAAGUGACAGGCUAUUUAAAAUACAAAUUCUAAUUGACAAAAAACGCAAAUCAAGCGAACGCAAUGCAACUCGCUUAUCAGUCGCCACAUCACACUUAACGGUUUAUAAAGUGCUUGUGUCACAAAGUAAAACUAAAUAAAAACAAAACCUCGAUUUAUGUUUUCGAGUAAACUUUCAUAGAAAGAAGUGAAUAGUAAAACAAAAAUAAUUUGCGUAAAACGCGCAAACCAGUGUUGCCGCAGUCCACUCGUCGCAAAUAGCGUAUCUAAAGCUUAUCACACACACAUUCACCAAACCAAUGUCUUCCUCUGAGGCUGAAGUCGACAUCAGCGUUGUGUCCAGUCCCGAGCCCAGUCCGGCCGGCUGUGCAAAUGGCUGCGACACACCUUUGCGCUCCGCAUCGCCGGCCCCCUCCAAUGGCAGCACCCCAACCACCACAUCAACGCCAACCACAGCCGCCGGCACACCCACAUCUAGCUCGCACUUCCACAGCCCGACCACCACAGCGCUGGCCGCUGUACCGCCGACGGUGUUGCACCAUCACCUGCAACAUCACUUAAGCAGUUUGAGCGGUCAUCCGGUAGCGCUGCAUCACGCCCUCCACAGUUUCGGUCAUCAUUUGCAUCCAGCGCAUCCCGCCUACCCAGCGCACCAGCAAUUGCUACAGCAUGCCGCCGUCGUAACACCGACGGCUGGCCAAUUGGUUAUGGCAUCGGCGGCGGCAGUGGCCGCAGCGGAUCGUCUUAGUCCGCCGGCAAUGGCUGCUUUGGCGCCACAUUCGCCCGAACGUAAUGGUGGCGAUGAAGUGACCUCGCUGACGGGCAGCAAUAGCAAUAACAAUAAUAAUAAUAAUAGCAAACUUUUCAAUCACAACAAUAAUAACAACAACAAUAGUGAUAGUAAUGGCAGCAGUCAGAAUAUGGCGUUGGGGCGGGGCGAGGCGAGCAACGGUUGUGGCGCGUCAGCCGGAAAUGGCAAAGCGACAACUGGCAAUGGUUUUACAAGUUUCUCUAUAUCGAGUAUACUCAGUCGCAAUGAACCGGCGAAAAAGAAUGGCGGCAGCCAUAAUGGGCCAACGUUAAUAACGCCGAUACCACAGCUGCCACAACCGGGCGCUGGCGGUCCACAGGAUGCGGCAAUGCUUUCGAGGUGA